AUGCCCGUCACGGCGAGUUCACUAAUCGCAACACAACACGAUUUGUUUGGGUAUAUCAGUCGAGCUGUCAUAAAUCUCGAGAAGCUCGAGUCGAAGAAGCGAACACCCAUACACUGUCAAACACGAAUAGAGGCUCUUGAAAACAAUUGGAAAAAAUUCCAAACAGCUCACGAACAGCUGACAACGAUCGAGCCCGAAAAAAGGGCAGAGCUUCCGUACUUCUCAGAUGAUCUCUAUGCUACAUGCGAGGAAGCAUUUCUCACUAAUAAGGCAGACAUGCUCGUGCUUAUCAAAUCUUGGAGAGGCCCGGAGCCCCUUGCUCACGACGGAGCGCCGGGGAAUGCCCUUACUUCCCGACAACUACCGCGUAUAAAUUUACCGAAAUUCUCCGGGUCGUGUAAUGAAUGGACAGAAUUUCACGAUUUAUUCCAAGUGAUGGUCGGUCAGAAUCAGGACAUUUCCAAUGUGGAAAAACUGCAGUAUUUAAAAAUGAGCCUGACAGGAGACGCGUCCUUGCUCUUAAAAAAUAUUUCCGUCGCUGGGGACAACUUUGGGCGCGCCUGGGAAACUCUUGUUAAUCGGUACCAAAAUAAACGCGUUCUGAUCGACGCCCAUCUCGCGACAUUGUUCUCGACGCGCCGUGUAAAUAACGAGUCAGCUGUCGACUUAAAGCAGCUUUUGAACGACACGAAAGACGCUCUCGGAGCGCUUAAAUCCCUCGGUAGUCCAAUUGAAUAUUGGGAUCAUAUUCUCGUGUACAUGACAGCGCGAAAACUAGACUCCGAGUCACUCAAGGCGUGGGAAAUAAACAUCGGAGCACAAACAGACCCCGCGUCAUUCGAUGACCUCGAACAAUUCCUGUUCAGCCGUGUUCGUGCUCUGGAAGCCGUCGAUCGAGUAUCGACCUCUCGUAAGGCGCAUUCUAACCCAAUCGCCAAAGCCAAUCCUCAACGCAGCGCGAAAGUACAUCAAACAAAUAUCAACCGAGCGAACGAGAACGAAUCAAAGCAGUCCACGGCCGUACCCUCAGGGCUAAAUUGUGCCUUAUGCACAAAGUCGCAUUAUAUUUCAACGUGUCCCGAGUAUCGCAACAGAACACCGGAUCAGCGGCGCGAGCUUCUCGUACAGCGAAAUUUGUGUUUCAAUUGUCUCGGGGCGCACCAAUUCAGAAACUGUCGGACAGCAAAGCGGUGUCAAGUGUGCACUGGCCCACAUCACACCACGAUACAUCGUUCGAAAGCCGUGGAGCAACGAGCUCCCGGUUUCAGCGCCACGUCGCCAUCGGAAACACCUGAGCCCAGCAAACAAACUGACGGUGCGGCGAUCCCGGGUCGCGAUGAUCAGCCUAGCACCUCCGUCUCUACAAACGUUGCACUUACAAGUACGAUCCAAUACAAACCAGUACUGCUUGCAACCGCGCUCGUGAAGGUCACCUCUCGUACUGGGGAAGAACUCAUAAUUAGAGCGUUACUCGAUCAAGCAUCGGAGGUGUCAUUCGUCACAGAAUCACUCGCCCAACGCUUAGCUUUGCCAAGAAAGAAUACCUCGCUGCCUAUACGCGGAAUCGGUGGCAAGCGCACCGUCAGUGCGCGCGGACUUGUCAAUCUCAAUAUCCAGUCUCGCGUCAAAACGUUUUCGCUUCCCGUAGAUGCAUACAUACUUGCAAAACUAACGUCUUACGUUCCCCCUUGUCGAGUACUCAAAAAUAACUGGCCUCAUCUAGAAAAUCUAGAACUUGCCGAUCCAGACUCGUCCUCAACACGAGCAAUUGAUCUUCUUCUUGGAGCAGAGGCCUAUAGCGUGAUUCUCGAGGAAGGAUUACGUAAAGGAGAUCAACAAAGCCCCAUAGCUCAGCAAACCGCCCUUGGCUGGAUCCUAUCGGGUUCAAUUCCGUCACAGGACCCCCCUCAAAAAAGGGGAUCGGCAUACGGAUUUCAAUGUUCCGUAGAUCAUGAACUCCUCAGCCUUCUUCAACGUUUCUGGCUGCAAGAAGAAACAACCUCAAAUAGCGAAACUUUACUCUCCGAAGAAGACUCGCAAUGCGAGCAGCAUUUUGUCGAGACUCACUCUCGUUCACCGGAAGGCCGGUACAUCGUACGUAUUCCUCUUAAACAACUCCCAGACAAUCCUGGGGACUCUCGGAGAUCUGCGCUCUUUGCGUUAUCGCGUCAAGAAAAACAAUUCGAGGCAGAUCCGGCAAGAAAAACCGCCUAUUCAGACUUUCUCGCGGAGUACGAGAGUCUUGGACACAUGACUCUAGUGCCUAAUCCAGACCAAGCUUCGGGACGCGUUUUUUAUCUACCGCAUCAUGCAGUGGUGCGUGAGAACAGUACAACUACGAAAAUUCGAGUCGUUUUUAAUGGAUCUGCACUUACGACACGCAAAAUCUCAAUCAACAGCUUACAGUACGCUGGGGCCAAGCUUCAGAAUGAUCUCGCAGAUGUAAUCACUCGAUGGCGUCGAUACGCGUAUGUUUUCACAGCAGACAUCGAGAAGAUGUACCGUCAAAUCGGAGUACAUCCCGACGACUGGGAUCUGCAGCGAAUUCUAUGGAGAAACAAUCCACAGGAUCCUGUAUCAACAUAUCAACUGUGCACGGUAACUUAUGGACUUAAAAGCGCCCCGUAUCUGGCCUUACGCGUACUCCGACAGCUCGCAGCUGACGAAAAAUCUCGAUUUUCCCUCGCAGUGAACAUCAUCGAACGAGAAAUCUACGUCGACGACGUUCUAUCAGGAGCCGACGACCUUGAAGGAGCAACAGAAAAGAUUCGCCAAAUCAACGAGUGCCUCGCCAGUGGCUGCUUCAACUUACAAAAAUGGACCUCAAAUUGCGAGGAAUUACUCGAAAAGAUACCGCAAGAAAAGAGGGACAUAUCGCAGCUCGUUUCCAUUGAAGAUAACAAUCCAGUGCGAGCGCUCGGGCUCCUAUGGCAUGCAAAUUCCGAUUCCUUCAAAUUCUCCUCGCCUCGUCAGCAACAACAGUCUCAACCCACUAAACGUAAUGUUCUCUCACGAGUUGCCCAGAUCUUUGACCCUCUCGGUUGGAUCGCCCCAGUUGUCGUUCGUGGAAAAAUUUUCAUUCAAGAGCUGUGGUCAGCUGGUCUAGAUUGGGACGAUCCACUUCCCAAAAUUCUUGCAACUCGCUGGAGAAUCUAUGAAGAAGAACUCAAGGAUAUUGCUCUUAUCUCGGUGCCACGUUAUUUCGGUAGUCGAGCAAACCUUGCAGCGUCGCAGUCCGUCGAACUGCACGGUUUUUCAGACGCAUCACAAAGUGCCCUGAGUGCAGUAGUUUUUCUUCGCCUGCUUACGGAAAGCAACGACAUCCGAGUAUCACUUGUUGCGGCGAAAACAAGGGUAGCCCCGUUAAAAAAAGUGACAAUUCCGCGGCUGGAACUAUCUGCAGCCGUGCUGCUAGUUCGGCUCGUCUCGCACCUUCGAAAAGUACUCGAACUCGAGAACGCCACGAUUCACCUCUGGACGGAUUCCACCGUUGCGCUGGCUUACAUCAGUGGAGAUCCGUCUCGUUGGACGGAAUAUGUCCGCAACCGCGUUAAUGAAAUUCGAGAAAUUGACCAAUCUCAAUGGCACCAUGUCUCGGGCAAGGAAAAUCCAGCCGAUUGCGCGUCAAGAGGCAUUAGCCCGCGGCAGUUACAAGAAGACAGCCUCUGGUGGAAUGGGCCCGUUUGGUUGUCGCAGCAUAUAUCAUCGUGGCCCUCAUUGCAUCCACCAGUCCAUCCAGAGGUCGCCCUUGAGCUCCGCAAAUUACACGCACACAUUGUCAACACCGACGAUCGCACCAUCAUAUGGGACCUCGUACAACGCUAUUCCAGCCUUACAAAGCUCUUACACGUUUCCGCUUGGUGUUUCCGAGCAUCUCGAAAAUUUCUACAAAGGCAGGACGCCCGCAACAGAGAGAAUCCUCUCACGCCGGUCGAACUUGAGCAUGCGCGUCUUUUUUGGGUCAAGGCGACCCAGUCAGCGCAUUUUAACGCAGAGAUACAACUUCUCUCAGAAGAAAAACAACUUCCGCGAUCCAACCGUCUUCUGCGACUGGCUCCGUUUGUCGACUCCAACGGUUUGCUGCGAGUUGGCGGCCGUCUUCACAACUCUCCAUGCAACUAUGACGAAAAGCACCCAUUAAUACUACCGCAAGAAGCUUCCCUUACUACACUUGUCAUAGACCAAGCUCAUCGAAAAACUCUCCAUGGGGGUACUCAAGUUACCCUCGUCACACUCCGAAGCCAAUACUGGGUAGUUGGAGGCCGCGUACCAGUCCGUAGCUUCAUACGACGAUGCAUUACGUGUAUACGGAAUCGCGCAAUGCUCGGGUAUCAACUGAUGGGGCAAUUACCGCCCUCGCGAUUCAGUCAAGUGUGCCCGUUCAUCAACUCCGGAGUUGAUUACGCCGGUCCGAUCUUCUUACGGACAUUUCGUGGUCGCGGUGCCAGAACGUACAAAGGAUAUAUAGUCGUCUUUGUUUGCUUCUCGACUUCCGCAAUUCAUUUAGAAAUGGCUACAGAUUACUCCUCAGAGGGAUUCAUAGCAGCAUACAAGAGGUUCACGAGCCGCCGAGGGAUUUGCGAGACCUUAACGAGUGACUGCGGGACAAACCUCAUCGGCGCAGACGCGGAAUUGCGAAGACUCUUCAAAGCAACGUCCAAAGAAUUCUCUACUAUCGCUACCUCUCUAGCAAACGAUGGAACUUUAUGGAAAUUCAACCCCCCUUCUGCCCCUCAUUUUGGGGGAAAGUGGGAAGCCGCCGUAAAAUCCGUAAAAUUUCACCUCAAAAGAGUCAUUGGCGACUCACGACUCUCGUACGAAGAGUACGCUACGUUACUCGCACAGAUAGAGGGAGUUUUGAACUCUCGCCCGCUCUGUGCACUUUCAGACGACCCAUCAGACCUUUAUGCGCUCACUCCGGGACAUUUUCUGAUCGGUUCCGCUCUUAAUGCCAUCCCGGAACCAUCUCUCGGCCAUCUUCCAGCCUCUCGGUUAUCCCGAUGGCAGUUGUUGAGACAAAUGCUGGAGCAUUUUUGGUCCCGUUGGAGUACGGAAUAUUUACAACAGAUGCAACUGCGUGCAAAAUGGCAUUACCGCACGAACGCAUUGAAAAUUAAUUCUCUCGUUCUCAUCAAGGACGAGCGAUAUCCACCAACCAAAUGGGCCCUUGGCCGAGUCGUCGAGCUGCACCCCGGAAAAGAUGGUCUUAUUCGCGUUGUGAGUGUCCGUACUCAGCAUUCGACGUAUAAACGACCAAUCGUCAAGCUAUGCCUUCUACAGAGUCCUGAUACUGACAAACCGAAGGACACUCCUGCGGACUAA